GGGGAGUGUUUAGCUCGGCCAUUCCCUUACUGCGCCACUUUAACUGAAAUGGGAAGCCUUGAAACCUCCAUGUUUGUAUCUUGAAAUUGCGAGCGGAGUUGAGCACCAUAUUGAAUCAAAGUUGCCUUCUCCUUGUCAAAUGUUUGAUAACUUUGUCUUUUCGAACCGCGGCGGGUUUCGUGAACUUUGGAGUGUAAUGGACGAAGUUUAGACGACUUGUUGCGAUGUUUCCCGAGCCGUUACAGCCUCGUUUUCGUUCACGCUAAGUUGUAUUAGUUUGGCGAACAGUCUCUAACUUUUAAAGUGUGAGGUCAGCACUCUGGACCAGACCUGGAUGUGAUGGACAAUCCGUCCUCAGUGAUCACACAAGUCAGCCGGGAUGAAGAGGGAAGUAAAGCCGCAGGAGACAGGGGUAAGUGCUUUUACUUUUGCCCCGCUUUGGCUCAGCUGCACUCACAUCAAGAAAAAAAAAAGUUUUGCAGCUUCGUAAAUAAAGUUCAUAGUGCUCAAGUUCAGAACCGCACAGUCGUCUUUUGUUGUGUAAUGACACUUAAACGUUUCUGGAGUUAUGAAAAGCAACAAAUGCGGACCCAAAAUAGGUAAAAACUGUCACUGUUUUUCUGUUUUGCAUAGAUUAUGGCUGCGGCCCAGAUGAAAGUAAAGGAAGUGACGUUAGACUACCUGAUAAACAUAUUUGUCAAUUUAAAAAGUAGCAUUAAUUGGAUUUGUGAUGUAAGUAUACCUGAUAAAAAAUAUUUGUCAAUUAGAAAAGUAGCAUUAAUUGCAUAAACGACGUAAGAUUACCUGAUUACCAUAUUUGUUAAUUUAAAAAGUAGCAUUAACUGGAUUAGUGAUGUAAGAAUGCCUGAAAAAAAUAUUAGUAAAUAUAAAAAAGUAUCAUUAAUAAGAUUAGUGACGUAAGACUACCUGAUAAAAAUAUCUGCUAAUUUAAAAAGUAGAAUUAAAUGGUUUAGCUUGGAUUGUAUUUUUUAAAAAAUUCCCCUUAUUUAUUUACAUAAAGUUAAAAUCAUUUCCUUUAAAUACCGAUACGCGAAGGUUAACAUUUUACGUUAAAGCUCCUGUGAGAAAUAUUUGGUUGGUUACCAAUUAUAUCCCAAACCAAUGCAGAUAUUUCUGUAUGCCCAUUGAAAGCAUCCAAGACCUUUAACACAAAGAGGGGAUUUUCUUUUAAAGUAAUUUAAAUGUCCUAAAACGAUUGCAGGGGGGGUCGGUGUCAGUGGAAGUGAUCAGCUUUACACUGGCUAAAAAACUGCAGUUCUAUUUCAAUUAUCUUUCAAAGGGUCUGAAGUUAUUUUCAUUUUAUUUUGGAUAUUGGUACAUCAAGUACUCAUCUUUGUAGUUUUUCAGAUUAAAGCUCCUGUGAGGAGUUUUUAACCAGUUACAAUCUGUUUCAUAACUAAUAAAAAAACUCCCCACAGGAGCUUUAAAAAAGAAAAGAAACUCUACUUUUAAUAUCUUGUACAUUUAGGGCAAAAUUGACGAAGACAGAAAAGAUACUGGUCUGCUUAUGGGAGCUUUCAUUUUUGAACUUUAUUUUUAUUAUUUUUUAUUCAACCAGGAGAAAAAAGAAACAAUAUUGAAAGUGAAAAGUUUCUGUUAGACAUAUACAAUAAAAUACAAGAGUCAAUAUAUAAAAAUAUAUAUUACAUUAUCCCAGCUUGCUGAAAGCGCUUGAUAAUUGUUUAGCUUCACUUACAAAGGAAAAUUUAAAAGUAUAUUUUUAUGAAUUUUAAGAGAGAUAUCGUUAAAAAAGACAUACAAAUGUCUCAAACCUUUACUUUUCAAACUUUUCUUUAGUUUUAUAAUUUGGCAUCCAGUUUUAAAUUAUUAUUGUAACUCUAAAAGUUUAUUCAUGCAGUUAUUUUCUGAACUGUCUGUGCCCUUUGAUUCUGCCUUUUUAUUCUGACUAUUUUACAGUUGUAAAGUGCUUCUUUGUUUCAGUGAAAAGCUAAAAGACGGGCCUGUUAAAUUGAUUUUUACUGUGACUAACUCCAGCUUUAUCAGAGCAGGGAUCCUAGCUACUGUUCACAAACUCCAAUGAGAUACCGCAGAGUGUAAAUGCAGGUUACUGAAUAAUCAGGUGUCCUGUAGGUCACAAUCCCUGAGAAACCUCUGCCUGUCCUCACAGUGAGAGCCUAACAUUGCAUUUCAAAUGUUUAAAGUCCCCUCCAGGCUUCCAUACUGUCAGUUAUCCCAAACAAACAUAUUUAAAUUGAGCUGUUUUCAGUGGGAAAUACGAUUCUGACAUUAAAAGAUAAGAGGAGACGUUUAGCAGCAGUUCUAUUGUACGUAUGUAGUAACCUAAUCUAUUGCAUAACCAGGUCCCCACACAGCUGCUCUUACAAACAGCACGUUUACACUACCCUCCCUAAAAAAAGGCUGACAUUAUUAAAACCGAAGUUUAUUAGCUUCAGUACAUCUAAUUAAAACUUUUGGUUUCACUUCAACAGGAGUUUCACUUUGUGUUUUAAGGAUCUGCAAAGUUUCGUUUUACAGCUUCUUGUUUAAUUCUGACACGCGGUUAAUGAAAGUGUUGUAAAAGUCCCAAAACAGAGCUGUCUGCUCUGUGGUUCACAUCUUGUAAAUGUUAAGUGAAAGCCUUUUUAAUGCACAGCCAUCUUUGAUGUAGAAAGAGAAGUGUGUCUCAACUCAGGGUUUAGGACCAAAACAAGAUGUUACUCAACAUUUCUGAGUAAGUGGAGAUCACUUCUGCUGAUUGUGGCUGUUUAUUUGCUUCACUUCAACAAAAUUAACCCAAUUAAUUGAACAGUAACUCAAACAGAAUCUGAUGCAGAGGCUAAGUGUAGGUGUUAUUAAGAGUUUAAAGCUCCUGUGAGGAGUUUUUUGAUGCUCAUCAAAUUGACUGUAAUUCAUAUUGUUGCUUCUCUGUGAUAUACAAAAGCAAACACGACCAUUCUUGACAAUAUUGAUGACUCUUAUAUUGUUGUUUUUAAUGCCUGAAACUGGCGUGAAGGCGAAGGUGAUACAUUUGACCGUCAAAAGUCUGUAGUAAAAUGUAAAAUAUAUAUGCCAGGGCUUAACUUUUCCCCAAGGAGCGCACAAAGAACUUUAAGGACACAAUGAAAAUUGAUCAAAUAAUGUUUGUCUUAUUGCUCGACAUAAGUACUACUAUUUAAAAUCAAUUUUAGGUCUUUUGGUCACAUGACAUGGGAGCUAUUGUAGGAAAGGUUCAAAAUUUGCCUUUAAAUUAAAAAAAAAAUAGGUGUGUCUUAUCGUCUGACCUUAGUAUUGUCAUUUGAAAUCAAUUUUAGGUCAAUUGGUCACAUGACAUGGAAGCUAUUGAAGGAAAACAGCCUUUUUUUUUUAGAAUAUAAACGUGUAAUUUAUUGACGGUCCCUUAUUCAACACCCAACGUUGACAGUGAGGGUGCCGAGUAGAUUUAAUUGCGCUGCUGUUGCUAUUUAACACAAAAAUAUUUAUGAGGACAAAUUAGGGCAUCCUCGCUGUCCGGUUUUGAAUAAGGGACCAUCAAUGAAUUACCGGUUGAUGUUCUCAGAAAAGGCUGUUUUCCUUUAAUAGCUUCCAUGUCAUGUGACCAAGUGACCUAAAAUUGAUUUCAAAUAAUAGUACUAAGGUCGGAUGAUAAGACACGCCUCUUUAUUUCCCUAAUUUUGUCCUCUAAAAAAUUUCGUUGUUAAAUUUAAAUGCAAAUUUUGAACAUUUUCUUCGAUUGCUUCCAUGUCACGUGACCAAAAGACCUAAAAUUGAUGUGCUAGUCACUGUAAAGCCCUGCCUUCCCACUUGCACAAACUUGUGGCGUUAAAAAUGCCAACAUUAAAAUUGUCAGUCAUGUUGGUGAUGGUCUUGUUUUCUUUUGGACCACAUAAAAAUAGCAUCAAUAUGAAUUCCAAUCUGUUUCAUAAACGUCAAAAAACUCCCCGCAGGCGCUCUAACACCAUGUGAAAGUCUGAAAACCUACUUUCAAUGCUAUCAUGAGACACACAGCGAUAAAGUCUAAACAUACAAGUGACUCAAGCUCAGAUAGAUGUCUGCUUCAGGAAUCUAGACCUUAAAAGUGAUAAUCUGAUCUGAUAAGGUAAACUAUCCCACCGCUGUAUGAAUAAUUCAUUUUUGGUGAGUUACGGACAGGAAGCGACACGUCUGGAUACCUGUGAAACUCCAGAGGUGAUGUCGAUGAAGUCUGGAGAGAGGCUAAGAGAUAAUCUCUGUGAUGUGACAACAAACAGUCGAAUUUAGGGUUAUCAAAAGUUUGUUUCUGCCUGUUUGUUUGAUUCCUCUCCCUCGUUUCUCACGCCUUUUUUCCCCUGUAUAGUUUAGGUUAGAGAUAUUAAAACAAAACGUAAACCUCUCAGUUGGACGGCGUGAAAUGAAGAGGACACACAGGAUCAUUCUUGCCUACUUUCUCCCACGUUUGCAAAUUGCACAUAAAAAAAAAGUUAUUGGAAAAGUUUGAAUUUAUGAUGGCAAGCAGCUUCCUGCGCCGAUACCCGUCUGUUUCCUUUUCCUCCACGCAGCAGCAGAGAGGGCCAACGGAGGGUCAGACGGGGUUUGGAUCCACAAACUGAGCAGCGGAGAGAGAAAGAAAGAGAGAGAGAGAGAGAGAGAGAGAGAGGCAGGCGUGAGAGAUGCACAACAGAGGCCGGAGUGUUGGUAACGCAGUCACGUCCAGAGAGAGGGAGGGAUGGAGGGAGGGAGCAUAAAGAGGCCGAAACAAAGUGUUGGUCAGAGAUUUAUGGGAGGUAGAAAAGUGCAGAUUGGAGGAGAAGUAAUCUCAGUGACAUUAGAGGCAGCUUAAGUACGCUCUCUGUUUCCUAGAGACCUUUAACUCAAACCUGGAGAGCUGAAAAACCUGCAAAGAAAACCAUUAAAUAUCCUUUAAUUUCCAGCUUUGUGCAUAAUCAACAUUUUUACACAUAAUCUAAGCAAAGGUGAUGGGUUUCAGAGCUACUUUCAGCGAUUUUGUUUAAGUGUAUUCAAAGUAGGUGAUGGUAAUGCACCUUAAUAGAAUGUCCUUCCAGAAGCGACGGUGUAACUCUCAGAAAUGAACAACAUAAAAACCUUCAUAACCAUCAUUUUCUGCCUCAAAUACUGAACUUUUACAGCACUUGUUGGAAAGUGAACCUUUUCCCGCCUCCUUCCUCGGUGUAUCCUUUCACCCCAAAGCUGCUUUUCGAGGUGUUAGCGCUCAAACGAGGGAAAUAAUCGUCCCUCUAUUCAGUUCCUUGAACUUGAAAAAACCCACUGUGGCUUUAAGAGUGGAGUGCAUGCUGGGUUAUGGCGGAGCUGAAGUUUGUCACUGCUUGAGCAGUUUGGUUGCAUACUAUUGCGGUUACAAGCUGCAUACCAAGCAAAUUCAUCCGGGUGCUGUCAGCAGUGUCGUAAUUCUAUAUAAGUUUAGUGCUUUAAAGGGUUGUUACGGAUGAACUUUGCUCUGUUUUGGUGCAUUAAACCUCUUUAACUGAUUGUUUGCAUGAGUUAAACUAUCACUCUGUUUUUAUAAUGAAUAAAAAAUAAGUCUAAUUGAGGAAUUUUCCUCCUUUUUGUGCAAAUAAAAGACUUUUAUGUUCGAUGUUUUCUACUAUCAUCCUCAAUGGCCUGUUUAUGACUCCCCCCCGCACGCCUGGCAACACCGUCAAAGCAAAGUGUUAAAUUUCUGGGUCUUCAUUGGCGGUAUUUGAGGCUGUUUGUUGAUGACAUCACAGAGGAGGUUAUGCAAGAGGCCCUGGCAGCGGCGUGCGUCUCCGGGAGGGUUUGUGCACAUGACAGAAGUAUGAGGAAAGCUGCAGGGUGUUCCAUUUCGGCUGUUUUUAUAUGUUCCCUGACAGGAUGGAGUCAUCAAGUUAAGCGGGAAGGAGUAGGAACCUGGUCCUGUCAGUUUUUAUCCACCUGAGGGAUGUUAAAAAUGUCAUAAAUUCCCAUUCGUUCAAAUAGUUUUGAGUUUUAGUUAACUCACUUGUCUGAAAAUGACAAAGAAACACUCAGAAAACAGUCAGUACUGUGCAGAAAUUUGAUUUGGAUUGCAGAGCUCUCUGGUUCCUGAGUGUGGCUAACCCCAGCAGAGCUAGCACCGUCCGCAUGCACCAAGAUCCUGCUGACUUCUUAGGGCUAAAUGUGCUGUUAGUUGGGGGUUAAAACAGCUGUUUGUGCAUCAAACAGCAAUCUUAUCCCUGAUGCUAUUACUUGCUUCUGGAUGUCGUAAAACUGAAUCAAUAUGAAUUUCAGUUUAAAGGAGUUUUUAUUUUUUUUCGAGUCGCUAAAGGAGGGAUAGAGUCGACCAAAUGCAAACAUCCCAAAUCCACGCUGUCACCUCUUUCCUUGUCUUUUGAAUAAACAACUUAUGGUCUGUUUGUUUCACGUCUAAAAUUAUACAGUAUGCAAAUAUUAAACCAGGUCUGGUUUCCUCUUCAACACAAAGACCGUCUGUUUUCUUUGUGAUGUUAGUAAAACAACCUUGAAAUUGGAUCGUAAAAGUUUCCUUUACUUCUUCAGGUUCUCCCUCCUCUCCGCCCUCCAAGAAGCCGCGCAGCAGAGGCCUCUUUUCCAGCCUCUUCUGCUGCCUGUGUCGGGACCAGCCCGAGCCCCCGCCUGUCAACAACAACGCCCCACUGCUGGUGGAGGAGAAUGGGACGAUCUCCAAGGUGUGUUUACGUCCGCCUCAGCGAGUCACCUUGUCCUGUUUUGGCAGCACAGGGAUUAAAUCAGCAUCAGCAGGUUUAAGCUGAACUUCAGGUCGAAAAACUUCUCUGAAUUUUGGUUUUCUGGUGUUUUCAGAUCCAGGUGAAGCCACUGCUGCCUCCAGUGAAGUCAAAAGACUCUGGAAAAAUCUGUGUGGUUAUAGAUCUGGAUGAGACAUUAGUUCACAGCUCUUUUAAGGUAAGGCAGCAGGUAGAAACAAGGUCCAUUUAUGUAUUUUAUUCUUUGGUAAUGUAAUUUCUGGAAGCAUCUUUGAGUUCAACUUUUCUCUUAAAUCCUUUUAAAGGGAUAUUCCGGCAUAAAAUUAAGUUAGGGUCAAACACACCGUUACUCCGAGUUAGACACUCACUUCUCUAGUUAUACCAACUUUAGUAACGGCCGCACGAUAGCAAUACACAGAGAGCCACGCACUUUUUAACUUUGCAUAGUACUAGACACCAAACAUCUUUUUAACUUUGCCUAAUUUCCUGAGCAAAGAGACUAAACACAACUCACCUACUCUCUUCCAGCAGCCGCUUGUUUGUAGUGAGACCUCAGGCCAGUCUAUUAUGGACUACAGCGGGGUGACUCAGCUCAAGGAAGAACAUUUACGAUAAUUUCUUUAUCAUUUCCUUGAAGUAAUGACCAUCAUAUCAAUCAUUUUGCAUUUCCAUGAAGAAAUAAUCAUAAAUGUUAAAAAAAAUGGUUAGGCCCUCUCUAGAUGUGGUGAAACAAGAUAACUCAAACCUACCUGGACACCAGAAGUAGCAUGUGUGUCAUUUCAAAAUAAAAGCAUGGUUUGGCAAGAUAGGAAAUGAAGCAACAGAGCUUGACACUAACUUUUUUCACAAGAAGCACGACAUGGGCUCCUAAGUUGAAAAAGUAAGGAGCACACAAACAACUUUUGACCUUUUGACCUUAUUGAUCGACAUAAGUAUUAUUAUUCAAAAUAAAUUUUAGAUCUUUUGGUCACAUGACAUGGAAGCUCUUGAAGAAAAUGUUCAAAAUUUGCCUUUAAAUUUAACACAAAAAUAUUUAUGAGGACAAAUUAGGGAAAUAAAGUGGUGUGUCUUAUUGUCCGACCUGCUGUUGCUAUUUCUGGUAAUGGAGAGUGAGAAGACACCCGCAGAUCCGCAGUGAAUGUCCGUCGAAUAUCCAACCUAAAACUAACUUUACAGUGGUAUUUACAUUAAAAAAAAACCUUUGUUGCCUCGGUUGAUUUUUUUUGCCCCAAACACAUUUUACAAUUCACACACAUCCAUUUUUAGUCGCAAAUGCAAGUGAAACGGUCGCACCGUCGAGCCCUGAGCAAUCCAAAUGGAGGACGGUAAAAGUGUCAAAAUAAAACCACCGUGGACGUGUAAGAGUUGAGGAGUUCUGGUGGGUUUGUAAAUUCACAUUAUUAUGUGUGACUUUUCUCUAUCUCUAAUCGGAAAAGAUAACAUAUAGAUAAAUCAGCUGUUUUUAUGAGUUCAGAUUAUGAAGCAUCUUGUCACUCCACCCUUGUCUUGCCUCUCCUUAAUCGACUCGUAUUUAUAUCUAGAUUGUCAGUGUUAUCUGUGUGAUAUAAAAAAAAUACCAACUAGUUAAAUCUUAAUCACACUUGUCUUCAGUUAUCUCCUUACAACAUAUCUCCUUACAUUUCCCUUCACCGUGUUGUUUUUGGCUUUAGAGCGUCAUUUCUGCCAUGACUCUUGAAUGCCAAACCCAAACAAGCUGAUUCAUAAACCCAAAUAAACACCAAGAGCUCCUCCUGUACACACACAGUCAGACCGUUUGUCUCUACCUGCAUCUGUCCUGCAAAAACACUCAGUUUGAGUCUUUUAAAACAAGCCUUGUCUUUCUUCUGGUUCUUGCAGCCUGUGAACAACGCCGAUUUCAUCAUUCCUGUGGAGAUCGAUGGAACAGUACACCAGGUAAUGUUGCUUCACAGCGCUCGCGGUUGUGGUAGCAGGUGCUUGUGUGCGUUUAUGGGAUUUACAGACGGAUGACGUACCCUGGGUCUGGGCCUGAUUCAAGUAAUCCAGGAUAGGUUUGUUCAGACAAGCUCAGCCUAUUCCGGAUGACUUGGUUCAGGAACGCUGCCCUCAGCCACCGACGCCGGAGACGAGUCGAAAAAGCGGAGGAGGGAACGAGAAACGGAAUCCUCGUCUUUUCAGUUUUAGUUUCCUUUGCAAGUCAGGAACUGCAUGAGAUUUUAACUUUAGGGAGUUGAGCAGCAACUUUUCAUUCAUCAUUUGCACUUCUUAAUCUAACCCUCAGAUAAAUCCGUACAGCUCCUGGAGCAGUUAGGUUUGUAGAAACAUGUUUCAUUUUCAGCUGUGCAGGUACCUGAUUUUUGCUCAUUCUUCAUCUACCAGGUGUACGUCCUGAAGCGGCCGCAUGUGGACGAGUUUCUGAAGAGGAUGGGGGAGCUGUUUGAGUGCGUCCUUUUUACCGCCAGUUUAGCCAAGGUGAGAAAAUAGAAAUUACCGUAAAAGGUGGGGUAGGCAGGAUCUGAGGAAGUGACAGUUUUUGGGAGAAAUCUUGAAUGUAAACUCUACCCCUCCCGACCAGUUUUCCCCUCAGCUCCUCCUCUCUGCUCCAGCAAGCCCCGCCCACAAACAGACGCUCCUGCUCGCUCGUAUCCUUCCAAUUAAAUUCAGAUAUAUAAUGCAGAUAAAUACUUCAGAUCAUUACAAAUGGGCCCCAGAAAUUAAAAGGCAUUGGUGCUACUGUAAACACAAUGUUUACAGGACUUCUACAACUAGGAUAAAGUGACAUAGUCCAGGACCCGAGGGAGGACAGUUUAGCGAUGGCGCUACAACACGCUACAGCAGGUCCGUUUGACAAGAAACACUUCUGUUACAGACACUUGUCUUACUUUGUUAAAGCGGUUUACCUGUCCAGCAGAAAGGUUACAGGGUCACCAAGAUCCCCAAGCGUCCCCCAUCGUUUAUGUUGAUAUUGACCUGUCUUUUUAGCUCUUGUCCGGCGCCAGAGUCUCCGGUAUUUACUGCGUUUUCUCGCUUGUGUCGGCAGUCGUGGCCAAAGGAGGAUUCAGACAAUUUUCCGAACUUUCUGGUUGGUUUCUACUGUCCGAUAUUGUAGCACGCUAACUUUGUUUGGGCUCGUGAACGACAUGAGGAAGGAGCAUGCCUCACAACCAAUCAGGUUGGGGAGACGGUGAACGGCUUUGUUUACAGUUAAAAAAAGUGGGCCACUCAAAAAAUCUAAAAUGUUGACUACACAGACAUAACAAAACCCAACUUUUUUUGAUAUACACCACAAAAUAAUAUGCUUCUUUAACGGAAUCCUGCGUACUCCACCUUUAAAUUCUCUCUUCUUUUUUUUUUGCAUAUUAGUUUAUGAAAAUAACUACGAAAAACUUGACUACUUUCACAUCUGCUCAUCGUGGGUUUGAAAUCGUUAUCCCUCCAGUAUGCAGACCCCGUCUCAGACCUCCUGGAUAAGUGGGGCGCCUUUCGCUGCCGUCUCUUCAGGGAGUCGUGCGUCUUCCAUCGGGGGAACUACGUCAAGGACCUGAGUCGUCUGGGUCGGGACCUAAACAAAGUGAUCAUCGUGGACAACUCCCCUGCCUCCUACGUCUUCCACCCUGACAAUGCGGUGAGUGAACACCCGAGUCACUAGACUCGUAAGAGUGAUGUGUUUGGUUGAAUUAAAAAAUGAGGAAACAGGUCAUCAUGGGACUCUUUAUCUGUUCUGACUGGAAAUGUUUUCGUCUCUAUAUCAGGUUUAUUUAUCAGCAAUCAUAGAUAGAGACUCAAGUUUGGUGGCUGAUGGAUUUUGUUUCCCCUCCAGGUCCCUGUGGCCUCAUGGUUUGACGACAUGUCCGACACGGAGCUGCUGGACCUCAUCCCUUUCUUCGAGCGGCUGAGCAAAGUGGAUAACGUCUACACAGUCCUCAAACAACAAGGGACCGCAAGCUAACAGCGUUCGACUCCUCAUCUCAACUCUGAACAACAACAACAAAAUAAACGGCGAACAGAACGAGACACAAAAAACACACACACACACACACACACACAACGACGACACCAGCUCCAGCCAUCACUGCCCCCCUGAACACAGACUGCUUCACAGCUGACCGAGCCUUCACCUUCCUCGUACCAACACCAGGUCAUGUUUUGGGUGUCUACGCUGCCACCUGCUGGUCAAACGGAAAGUUGCUUGGAAUUUGCCUCGUUGCUUUCUGAACCCGGGGGUCUCCCGUGGUUUUAGAAAUCCCGUCCUGCAGAAAAAUUCAGGAUUUAAGGACCAGGAAUCAAGCGUAAAUGUGCUACCUGAAAGAUUUACGCCCAAUUGAACUGAUGCAUCUUUUCUUUGAAAGAGCAGACGGUGGACACGUACUGUAGAUCUAUUUUAGAUAACAUUUUCUCACCCUAAUCUCAUUCAUGAUCACACUAUUGGAAUGAUGGUGUCAUUUUAGAGUUUUUAGAGUGCUAUGAUCGGGUGUUUUUGAGUCAUCUCGGCAAUGUUAUGACGAAUCUGAACAAAAAAAGUGGCAAAUUUAUUGUAAGGAAUAACAAUAACUGGUGAAUUCAUUAGGAUCAAGUACAUUUUUGAACAUCAUCGUGCCAUAAAUUAGAUUUUUCUACUGUAGCCAGGAUCAGGACAGCUUUUAGCCCCACGGGAGCAUUAAUCAAUGGGUGAAAUGGGUAUAAAACGGCACCGGUCCGCUUAAAAAAUGGAGAUUUUUGUAAAAGAUGAUCGGCAACUAAAAAAAACACCAAGAGUCAGUGAAAUAACUGCAGUAUUUUUCCUUCAAAGCCUCACACUAACAUGAAUAUUGAACCAUCUGCACAUGACGGGAGAGGAACGGCUGCUAUGUUUAUCGGACAUGGAUUUCACAGCUAUCAUACAAAACGUCACGGAUCGGUCGACCCCAGAGACAAAGAGGACCAGGACCGCCUCCUAGAACUGCUUGGAAAUGAAUCUCAGUGAAUGUCACAUCAACACAGUUUGUGGUUUUAGAGCCACAUGCACAACACUUGAAUUUCUCACAGCAUUUACAGACUGUUUAAGAAUGGGAACAGAGCGUCGUAGGAUGAAAAACAAAAAGGAUAGUAUGGCUUCUCAUAAGCUUCAAAGUACAUAGUUUAUUUCCUAAGCGGUACACAUGGGCUGGAAACUAUUUCAGGUCUCUGUAGUAAAAUGUGUGUCGAGACGGGGAGCUGCCGUGAGGAUAUGUGAGGUGUUCAAAAACAAAAAGUGGUUUAUUAAGUCCAGAUUUAGAGGAGAAAUUCACCCUCAAACACUUCUACACUUAUAAAAGAGCUAGUGUUAAUUUCUUAUGCUCUCUGGUUUGAAAACAGGGACAAAGGCCUUAUAAAGCAAGUUAUUUCAGAGUGAAUUUUUCCUUUAAAAUACCAAGAACUACAUGGUGUUUAACACAAACUGGGCACCUUCCCUUUUAUGCGUUGACAAUACUGUGUUGACACUGAUGAAUGAAUGAAUUAAGGUGGAUUUGACGAAGACUGUACCCUGAUGGGACCGGAUGGACAAGUAAAUCCACCACGUUAAGAGCUAUUUCAUUAUUUUUCUAUCUUUAAUGAAUAUUUGUCAAUCAAAAUAGCCUUUUUCUUUCCUAAAUACUGAUUUAUCUCAUCUUUACUUCCCUCGGAGUUGGUCCUCUUGAUACAGUAUUUGAUUCAGGUUGGUUACCUCAAGUUAUACGGAGCAGAAACACCAGCAUAUGACUAAAAAAGAAAAGCAUAUACUGUUGCAGACACAUAACGGGGUAAAUACUCUAACAGGUCUUCCAUAUAAGACAUCAUUUUAUGUUUCAAUUAGGUUUAAUGCUGAUAACUGUUUUUGUAAUUCAUUGGCAAAAGUAUUUGUAGCAACAAUGAGUCUUUAAUUGCAUAUAAAACAAAUGUGUCACUACAGGGGCCCAUUCACUGAUACUGUACUUCUUACACAUUCAGUAGGUAUGUAUAUUUUGUUUUGCACAGUAAUAAAGCAAACAAAUGUUCAUUAAUAUAUGGAUUAUUCAUGUUACUGUACUCAUGAUUGAAUAGAUGUAACCUAUUUUUUUGACUUAUUGUUUUUAUCAUACCAAAUUGUAUGGACUCUAUGUAAUAAUGCCAUUUUCUUUCCCAUAAAUGCUAAAUGAAAGAUGGU